AUGGCGACAGCAAGAGCCUUGCCGGCAGCGGAUGCCCGGAGGAUCUUCAGCCACUUCUGCCGCCACGUGAUGGGCUUGGCCGCGGAAUUCGCGAGGUAUUCAAAGUUCACGCUGGACCAGUACGUGGAGGGCGAUUACACCACUGUCUACUUCCACUACGGGCUGGACAGCCAGAACAAGCCGUCCCUGGGCUGGCUCCGGAGCACCUACAAAGAGUUUGACAGGAGUUUGGAAAAAAAAGUCACCUAUUUCAACUAUUUGAGUGAGCUCCGUGUACACCUCAGAAACGACCAGCUGAUCAUUCCCCCGGAGGUUCUGCAAUACGCCGAGGAGCUUCAGAACCUGCGCCUGGGCAGGCUGCCCCCUCCCACAAAGACGGCCCUGCCGCGGCCCCCUCUGCCUAGCCAGCAGUUUGGCGUCAGUCUGCGAUAUGCGGCCACGUGCUUUGCUCGGGCCGAGGACGAGGGAGUGGCCGCAGGGCGUGUCACCUCCUGGAGGGAGCUUCAGGGGCCAGUUCACGGUGUGGAGAGCAGCCCGUGGGUGACCCGCUUGAUCCUGCAGAGCCUUCCAGAACACAGCCACGCCGUCCUCAGCUACCUCGUAGGCUUCCUGCUCGAGGUGUCCCGGGAGAGUAUUUUUAACAAAAUGGGCAGCUCCAACCUGGCCUGCGUCUUGGGGCUGCAUCUGAUGUGGCCGUCCCAGGGGGCAUCCCCGCUGAGUGCUCUCGUGUCCCUCAGUCUGUUCACUGAACUGCUGAUCGAGUUCUAUGGAAAGGUCUUCAGCGGUCUGGAGGUGCGCGGGGCCCAGGCCGGCGAGCAGGGCAGCCCUGCGCCGGGGGCUCUGGAGACAGACCCGCCACGGGCCUCGCCAGGCCCCCCAUGCCUCAGCGUCCCCUGA